AAGACGAAGUUCUAACCGGAAGUCUGCAUCCUCGAGCUCACGUCUAGUCAAGCUGUUAGCAAGCAUUUCACUCUUUGAGUCUACAGAAAUAGUCUAUUGUGUCGUACAAAGAACGGAUAUUAUUCAAAUAAUUGGACCUAUUAAACGUACUUUUUUAUUUAUUUAUGUUCUUUAUAACUGAAGUGACGUACUGCAUCUCGAGAUAAUUUUGCCCAUACUGUUGCUUACCUUCUUCUGACAAUGAGUGGCAAAGUACAAAGGAAAGGAAAGAAAAAACAGAAUGCUGGGACGAAGAAGCAAGACCUAAAGGAGUCGGUCACCCGUGACAAGAAUGUGGCGACUACAUCAAAAGGGACAGAGGCCGUUGUGGCUCCGAAGGACGACGUGGACAGCAGCAGUAGCCCCAAAGAGUCCGAAAUGCCACUUGAAGGAGAUGAGGCAGUGAGUGAAGCGGCGGCAGCACGGUCUCGUGACAAGGUCAAUGAGCUGAGCCGGCAGCUGGAAGACAUCCUCAGCAUCUACUGCAUAGAUAAACACUCGGAUGACGCCCUGGCCAACGGCCAGUCGCUCAGCCUCGAGUUCAAUGGGCUUAACGAUGACAAUGGGGAAGACGGAGACCAGGGAGGCGCUUGCGGUGGAAACAAAGAGCAGAAGAAGAUGCAGGAGAAGAAAAAAGUCAAGGGUCUGGGCAAAGAAAUCACCCUCCUCAUGCAGACUCUCAACACAUUGAGCACCCCUGAGGAGAAGCUAACAGGCCUCUGCAAGAAGUACGCUGAACUGUUGGAGGAGCACCGAAACAGGCAGAAGCAGAUGCGGGCGCUGCAGAAGAAGCAGACGCAAGUGGUGCAGGAGAAGGACGGCCUGAGGAAUGAACACAGCAAGGCCAUUCUGGCUCGCAGUAAGCUGGAGAGCCUCUGCCGGGAGCUGCAGAGACACAACCGAGCUCUCAAGGAGGAAGGCAUCCAGAGGACCCGACUGGAGGAAGAGAAACGAAAAGAGGUGACUUCACACUUUCAGACGACGCUCAACGACAUCCAAGUUCAGAUGGAGCAGCACAACGAGAGGAACGCCAGCCUGCGGCAGGAGAACACGGAGCUGGCCGAGAAGCUCAAGAAGCUCCAUGAGCAAUUCAAGUUGCGAGAGGAGCACAUCGAAAAAGUGGUGAAGCACAAGGACCUGCAGCAGCAGCUGGUGGACACCAAACUUCGCCAGGCGCAGGAGCUGCUGAACGAGUCGGAGGAACGCCACGACGCCGAGAAACAUUUUCUGCUGCAAGAGGCGCUCGAGUCUCAGCGCAUGUGCGAGCUGAUGAAGCAGCAGGAAGGUCACCUCAAACAGCAGCUCUCCCUGUACACUGAGAAGUUCGAGGAGUUCCAGACCACCUUGUCCAAGAGCAACGAGGUCUUCGCCACGUUCAAGCAGGAGAUGGAGAAGAUGACGAAAAAGAUCAAGAAGCUGGAGAAGGAGACAGCCAUGUAUCGCUCCAGGUGGGAGAGCAGCAACAGAGCUCUUCUGGAGAUGGCUGAGGAGAAAUCCAUUCAGGACCGCGAGUUCGAAGCGCUUCAAGGUAAAGUCCAGCGGCUGGAGAAGCUGCGGCGCGCCCUCAAAUUGGAACGCAACGAGCUCAACAAGAAAGUACAGAAGCUCAGCACCACACCCGCGGCGCCCACCUCCGACUCGGAACGCCCCUCCCCGACGCCCACGGACUCUCCGCCGGAAGGCGGCUCGGACGCCGCCACGAGCAGCGCCAGUCACGCUCUUCCCGAAGGUGGCUCCAAAGAAACAAAUUGUAAACCGAAACAGAACACGGACACGCACGUGGAGGCGCCACAGCCUGUCGCCACGCAGGAAUGAUAACAAUAUAACAAACACCUUUCAACACGCCUCCUUUUCGGUAUUCACAAAUCUAACUCUUCUUUUAAGUCUCGCAUUAGAUUUAAAUUUUGAAUUCUUCACGUUACAUUCACAGCAUCAAAUCGAAUCAGUUUUGAAAGUAACUGACCACGUGACAUCUUGAUUUUCUACUAACUGAUUUUACAUUCCCUCAUAGACAAACACUUGAUCGCUUCAAGAGCCAUUACCGUUACAUUACACGUAGUAUUGUGAACGCUACUUGACGGAACUCUAAAGAUGUCACCAAUAUUAGCCAGUAAUAUUAAUGUCCUCUACAUAUUUUUGUGUGCGUUUAUGUUUGGGGACCGCUAUGCAACACACACUUCCUUGCUUCUUUUUCCUGUGGCAGUCUGAAGUGGAAAGCACUUAGAAUGUAUUCUUUCUCCGUCGUGUCCACACACCUGUCGUCUUUCACACAAGUAAGAAAUUCAUAGCUCUCAAGCUUUGAUUAUUACCUCAUGUUGAAAAGUUUAAAUGGAGGAAUUGAAUUAGUUUUCCGUAAACAUGUCAUUUCUUGUUUAGACAUACAUUUAAAAGCCAAUGAUUCCGUAGCACUGGGAAUUUAUGUAUUUCCUUCUCGUCGCAGACAACAGAUUCAUUGAACACGCAAAAGAAUCACAUUCCUUUUUUCUUUUGCUGUGGUUUUGUCUCCUUCUAAUACUUUACAUUUUGUUAAAUAAAGGAACUGAAUAGUG